AAACCGCUGAAGCCCUACUGACAGCAAGACAGAAAGCAGAUGGAGGCGCGAAAAGGGCUGUCUCGUUGCAUCAAACAGCCAAGCAGCAAACAAUCAAACCGUCCCUUUGGGCUUCUCUUGUUGCUUGUUCCAAUUUAAAACAAAAAUGGCCAAAAUCAAUUUGAAGCUUAGCUCGAAGGACGUGGAAACCAGCCUCCAGGACGGCUCCAUCAAGCUGCAGUACAUUCCCGCCACGAUCAAGGGGGACGGACCGGCGAAUCUGGAGCAGUUUUUCACCCCGUACACGGAAACGCAACGGGACGGAACUCUGUGCAAUGCGCUUCGGGGAUAUCCGCUGCGCGGCAAAGCAACGUCCCUGCCGGCCGGCUACACGGGCGUGAUGCUGCAGGAAACGAAAAAGCCACUCUCGGACGAGGACGAUCGAACGCUAACGUUUGCCGGUGCUUUCCGCGACUACACCUACUGGAACUACGAUCGCCAGCCGUCCCGGAACGAUCCGAUGGCGAAGGCACUGGGCUGGCUGCAGCUGGCGGAGGUGCUGCAUGGCGACGAGCCCGAUGCUGACACCGAACUGGCUGUGAAGCAGGAACGGAGCAAAUGAAAGCCAUCACGAGGAUGGGAGAGAUUGGUUUUGUAAAAUAUGUAGUUCUAUUUAUUUUCAAUUUGUCGUAGUGGGUCGUUAUAUCCCACAGAGAAAAAACAAAUGCUAAAAUUAAACCACUCGCACUCGUUUGCAUCUCGA